UCCCGUAUGUCCAACAGUCGGUAACGUCUGUGCUCCUCAAUUAUCUCUGGACCCGUCACGGGGAUGAGUCGCGCGGGGAGUCCGCUCGAGACUCUCGAGAGUCACGAAAAUUUCCUCUGGACUGACUGGAUUUGGAUAAAAUAUCACGGGCAUGGAGUCCGGAAAAUCUAACCGGCCGCAUUCUCUCCGCGCCGGACGAGGAACUGGUCGGACCAGUGCUCUAAUCGCCUGGCCUUUCACUCGCGGUCUCGCCGCGGCAGCCGAUCGAUUUCGCAAGCCCCCCCGCGUUAUCGACCCCCUGCGAACUUAUCGCGAGCGACGACGGCUGUUUGUCCGGGUCCGUCGCUAUCGCGGACGCACGAGCCCCCGCGCGCUAUCGGGGAUUGCACAAGCCCCCUGCAGCGAGGAUCCCCCGUCGUGUCUCGCCGGGACCCGAAAUCCCGCGGUGACAUGCGGUAGCGCAGCAACCUCGGGCCCUCAGAUCAGCGCGCGAGCUCCAGGAAGCAACAACGACCGACAAUGUUCUCGUGGAGGAACGUCCUCUCUGCCGUCACGCAGAAGUGCGCGAGGAAGCUGCACGUGUCGAGAGUCCGGCAAGAAGCUGUGAUCAUAGACGGGACGAAAAUAGCAGAAGAGAUUCAACAGGAGUUAAAGGUGGUUGUAGACACUUGUACGAGUGCAGGGAAGAAGAGGCCGAAGCUGGUGGCGAUAUUAGUGGGGAACCAUCCGCCCAGCAAGGCAUAUAUCGGCAGGAAGAUGAAAGCUGCAAAGUCGAUAGGAAUCGAGAGUUAUACCAUUCAUCUGGGGGAGAACAUAACGCAAGCGGAGCUGCUCAAGGAAAUCGACAGCCUCAACAGAGACCCGUCCAUCGAUGGUGUUCUGGUGCAGUUGCCGCUGCCGAAGGGCAUGAACGAGAAGGAGGUGUGUCAGGCGAUAAUUCCUAAGAAGGACGUGGACGGCUUUCACUUGGAGAACCUCGGUAAUUUGGCGUUGGACAACGGCAGUAUCGCGCCAGCCACCGCGCUGGCUGUCAAGGAGCUGGUGCUCAGAAGCAAAAUCGAGACGUUCGGGAAGAACGCCGUGGUUGUAGGGAGGUCAAAACACGUCGGGCUGCCUAUCGCGCUGUUACUUCACGCCGAUGGCAAAGGCGAAACGGGCGCGAUGGACAUGACGACGACAAUCUGCCACCGUCACACGCCUCACACGGAGCUGGAAAAGUACACGAAGCUGGCGGAUCUGGUCGUAGCGGCGGCCGGGGUCCCCGGCUUGAUUACCAAGGAAAUGAUAAAGCCGGGCGCUUGCGUGAUCGACGUGGGCAUCACCAGGGUGAAAACGGCAGACGGCAAGUAUCGUUUGGUGGGAGACGUGGAUUACGACGGCGUGAAGGAGGUCGCCGGGCAUAUCACACCGGUCCCUGGCGGCGUCGGCCCCAUGACGGUGGCGAUGCUGAUGAAGAACACGGUCACGGCUGCUGUGAGGAACCAGGAGGACGCGAAGCAAUCCGACCGUUUAGAAGACAAGGCAUUUGUAUAUUGACACGCGGCAACAGCUUGCUACGGAAUUUAAUGAUCGACAGAUGUAUUAUAUUUUUUGUAACAUAGAAACCAAGUAUUAUUCUUGCGAAAAUAAUUAUAAAUAAAACCGAGCGUUUGUUCAUUAACUUAAGAAAUGUUACCCGGCCGUAGCAUAAUUGUUAGAUAAUUGUACAAAUAAAAUGUGCUACUUUUUCACGCA